AAAAAAAACCUUAAAAAUGAUUGAAUCCUAGAAACUCUGACCUAUACAAGUGGUAGGCCACACGACACUCCCCUCCUAUUUCUCCGUGGGCUGACUCUUGUCUUGCUCGCAUGGAGGAGAGAGAAAAAUUCCAAGAAACCAGCAAAAGGCAGGAGAUAGGCGGAGCACCAUCCAAGGAGAAGAAAGGGGAAGAAAUGACGAGAACAACUCCAAUCUCCUGAUCGCCCAAUCCAGAUAUUGGGAAAGCAUACACUGAAACUGCCGAAGGUUAAAGGAAAUGCCAGUGUUGAAGACCGUAGGCCGAUUCUUUCGGCGAUAUCCUUCGAUCUUCAGUUCACUUGUGUUUCUAGUCAUAUUGUACAAGUUCUUCUUUGGUUGGUUCACCUUCCUCCUGGAAACAUCACCCAUCUUCCUAUUUGCUGGUUUUUUUCUUGGAAUCAUCCUAGCUUAUGGUGAGCCAAACAUUCCGGAAAAUGACCACGUCUACAAAAAGAUUGAGAAAGCUUACAAUCGGAAUGUCCGGGACAACAGUAAAUCAACUGGGGGUGUAACUCUUCCAAGUAUUGCAUCUAGUGAAGAGAGAUUGGCCAAACACAACAACACGGAAAAGGUAACCAACGGAAGAUCUCAUAUUGGAGCUUUUUCUUCUGAAUCAGGAUCAGGUGAAUCGGAUGGAUCAGAAACUGAUACCCAUCCAAUGCUCCACACAUUCCACCAUCUUAGGUCAGCUACAAGUUCAUCGCGAUCCUCUCAAGACGGGGACUCCAAUGACAGCAGUAUUGAAGAUGGAAAUGAAAACCAAGAGGGCAAGGAUGACAAUGAACAUGAAGAGAAAAACGGUAAAGUCGUGGCAUGGACCGCCGAUGAUCAAAAGAACAUACUAAAUAUAGGGUGUUUGGAGAUUGAGAGGAACCAGAGGUUAGAGAACUUGAUUGCUCGACGCAGAGCAAGGAAAUAUAUUGAUAGGAACCUGAUUGACUUUGGCAGCAGUGACUCCCUCCCAAAAAUUGAGGAGCUCUCAAAGUUCAAUGUUCAAAUUCCAGCCAUAUUUGCUCCUAGGAAAAAUCCAUUUGAUCUUCCCUACAAUGAAGAUAACUUCCCGGAAUCCGCUCCAUCUGCGCCAUUGAAUAUGUUAAGUAAGUUCGAUCUUCCAUUUGACGAAGCAAAUGAGAGUAGCUCCACUGGUGGAGCUAACUCAAACCAUGUGGACUCUACUACUGUUUUUUCUCAAUCACAAAAAGAUACAAUGUUUAGGAGGCACGAAAGCUUCACACCAGGAGCAUCAUUCCUUAGUGACUUUUGGCAAGAUACGCAGCCUUCUCGGUUCAGACCAUACUUUGUGACAGAAAAAAUGGCUAAUGAGGGAAUCUCAGUUCCUAAUCUUGAGGGAGAAGCAAGUGAAAAGAGUUCUGUUGAAGACUCAGAUAGCACUUCUUCAGUUACUGAUCAAGAAAACCAUAAACUAGUAUUGGAGGAUAGCCCAAACCAAAAUCUCGGACCUCAGAUGAGUCAAAUGGAUGAACAACCUCAUCGUUCCCAAAAUGCUAGAGAGGUUCCUCUUGCACUUGACAUCGAGCCGCCUUUACUAAUAAGUGAUUCCUCAGAUGAUGACAUAUCACUUCCUGGUGGAAAUAUAAAUGAUCGUGAAGAAGCGCAAGAGAAUGGAAAUUUGAAUUUGUCACAAAAUGCGUCAUUGGAAGACCCUAGUGUUAUUGAAUACCCUCAUCAAAUGGAGAUGAUAAGCAAUGAAUUUCACCAAUUAUCCCCACAUUCAAAUGAUAAUGACUCACUUUCAUCAUCAACAGAAGCAACUGAACCUCCUGAAUUGAAUAGCAUUGAACUACCAGCUAACGAAGUGGAGUUUAUUAACGAAAUCCCGAUUGCUGAUCCCAUUUAUGAUAUAAGUCCAUCAAGAAGCGAGAAGCCUGCAUCUAUUGGUUCAACUAUUGAUGCAGUUUUGUUGCAAGAAGGUAAUACUCAUACUUCUGAUGUCGAAAUGAGUAUGGAUGGAGAGGAUUCAGUAUCAAGAAUUGAGGCGAGUGAGAUACCCGCACCUAGUUUGGCUUCUGUGCAGGAAAGCAAACCCAGAGAAAAAGAAACCUCUGAAGUAAAGGAGCAAGAUAAUAGUGGCCAUGAUGGAGGCAAUCAGGAUUCUGUCAGUCAUGCUAACUCAAAAGUACCUAUGAUUAGUUCUAAGCCGAGCAUUAGCGGUUUAAGUAAUCCAGUUAAGUCUGGCAGUAAAAUGAUAUCAUCCUCAAAAAAGGCAGUUUUUGGACUCUUCAAGAAAUGACAGGGGACCCUGAUUGUAAGCUUCUUGACUAAGCCCAUUGGAGGCAAAGUGCACCCUGGCCACAAAUUGUUGAGUAAUGGGAGGCAAAGAGAGUUUUCAAUACUCAAGGGACCAGAAGGAUUGGAUUAUCUGUUUGAUCUGUAUAAUCUGAGUGUACAGAAAAAAAACUGCAAAAUUAGCAUUGAUGCUUAACUCAUAUGACAAAUGGGAUAAUGGAAAGAUACAAGAGUUUUGGAGGUUCCAUAUGUGUAUACCUUCAAGGCCAUCAAAUUUUAUCUGAAAUUGUCAGGCACUUUAGGAACAUGAACAGAAGUGAAAAUGCCCUUCUAGCUGAGUGUUUCUAGUUUAUGCAGUGCCUCUAUUUUAAAAAGCUUGCCUGAGUGUGCCAUUGUCAAGCUAUUAGUACUUAAUUUAUUGGUCAGAAAUUGGAAUAUAUGUUUUUUUGACAGCUUAGUAUGUAAACUAUUUUCAGAAUUGUCAAGUUUCUAAGAAAGGAUUGUGUUACUUCAAUUACA